UUUUUCUAACUUUACACACAACACAAAUCCCGCUUCCCUGUCAAUGUGGGAAUAUUCAGACCUCAUUCAAGCUCUCAGCUCAGUGUACUGAGUGGAUCACAUCGCUGAGGAUAUAUUAAACAAUCCUUAUUAUUGAUUAAAUUCUCCUCAGCUAAAACUGCUCUCCACUUCCUUUGCAACAGACAGCAUGUGUCAACAAAGACAAAUGCUACAGGAAGAUAACUCUGAUUGUCACUCAAAAAUAUCUAAACCAAAAACUUCUCAAAAGAAACCUCAGAGGAAAUUUUUUGAGAGAGAAACAAUGUCUGAAGACAGCGAAGAAUAUAUGGAGGAACAGAACAUCUCACGAAAGCCAAAAAGUAAGAGAAGGAAAUUUGAUAUCAGAGAAGAUCUUCUUAAAUUGAGAUCAAGUAUCCUCAAUGAAAAGAUAACUGAGUUUCCUUCUACUCAAAAGAAAGCCAAGAGUGCUAACAAGAAGCAUCUCAAGCGUCGAUCUGAGUAUAUUGGUGUCUCUAGAAACAAUUCUAAUUGGCAAGCUCUUAUCAAUGUCAACAAGGCGAAGAAGUACAUAGGAACUUUUGCUGAUGAGAUCCAAGCUGCUCGAGCCUACGACUUAUUUUCAGUAGCAGUGAGAGGAGAAGAUGCUUCCCUCAACUUCGAUUACAGUGCUGAAGAAAUGCUUGAAAAAAUCGAACAUUAUCUUCAGCAUGGUAAUCCUAAGGUUGACUCUUAA